ACUGUUGUUAAUAGACAAUAGUUUGUUAGGCAACAUGAUUUCGUUGGUGUUUUGUUUCGCGUUCUUUAGUUUUGUCGUGUCAACGCCCACGAUAAAAUCCCUUGAGGAUUUAAAGAUCGUUGGGGGUGAAGAUAUAGAGAUCACUGAUGCUCCGUACCAGGUGUCUUUGGUGAGGAGAGGGAGGCACUCCUGUGGUGGGGCGUUAGUCGCUGAAGAUAUUGUGGUUACUGCUGCUCAUUGUAUUAGCGGAUCAUUCCCAGAGAUGUACGAAAUCCGUGUCGGCUCAUCAUUCAGUCAGAAGGGCGGCGACUUAUACCCGGUCGGUGACUUCAGAUGGCAUCCCGACUUCAGUUACUCAAAGAUGGACAGCGACAUCGCAGUCCUGUGGUUGAAGAAGAAAGUCGUGUUCAGUGAUCGAGUGGCUCCGAUAGAAAUGGCUGAUAAGGAUGAGGAGAUUUUGGAUGGCGAUGUGACUGUUGUUACUGGAUGGGGUAAUCUUUUUGAAACUGGAGGCAUGCCACACAUUCUACAAAGGGUAGCAGUUCCGAAAGUGAAUGAACAGGAAUGCAAUGCUGCUUACCAGCCAGUUUAUACUAUCACAAAUAAUAUGCUCUGCGCUGGAACCAGUGAGGGGGGCAAGGAUGCUUGCCAGGGAGACAGCGGCGGUCCUCUAGUCCACAACAACAAGUUAGCUGGUAUUGUCUCCUGGGGUCUCGGCUGUGCCAGACCAGACUACCCUGGAGUGUAUGCCAAGGUCUCAGCCUUGAGGACCUGGUUGGACAACAAUAUUGCUAUGCUACGGUGGAAGCAUGUUCAGAGGAGUGUUGAGUGAUUUGAAUUAGGGUUAAUUAGGGGAUAUGUGAGGUUGAGGCUACAUUGAAUUUAUGGCAAUUUUUGGCAUUGAUGAGCACACCGAGAUGACAAUUUCAUGUUCUUAUUUGUUUGAAGACUUGGGAACUUGAAGCCAUGGUACCGAAGAAUAUUUUAUGUCAUUUUGGUGUCUCCAGUUUUGGUCUGGUCACUGAUAACUUCAAUGUAGCCUAAACCUUAGAAUAUUUUGUGUAUGUACCUGUUUAUACCCAUAGGAAUUCUUGUUAAAUUUAAUGUUUUUUAAGCUUU